AUGCUGCGACAACGUUUGAGUGAGAAAUACGCGGCGUUCCAGAGCACGCCGCUGUCGUCGUACGGACAUAACCUCAAAAACGAGAAGGGCGAAAAGCCGUUUUUGAGCGAGUAUAAAUGGGGCAUUGUGGGGCUAGUGGUGUCCUUUUUAGUGAUUACGGCUAAGUUGUUCGCCGCGUACCGUGAUGACAUCAAGGAGUUUGUGGUCGAUCGGCGAUUGUUUAUCAUAGAGAUUAUUAACGAAGAUGGGAACGUUAUGUAUCACCAUACUUGGAAGAAUGUGGUUAAAUAUAGCAGUAUUUGGGUACCAAUUUUGUGUGGGGUGUUGACCACGUAUUUUACAUGGAUGAUGGUCUAUUUGGAUUCGCACACCCCGGGGGUGCAGCCCCCGAGCCCUCUUUCACCCACAAAAUACAAGUUGAGGUCAGGGCAUUCAUUCCAUCUGAACUAUGUCUUCGCGGUCUUGAUGGGGGUUUUAGUUACAGGGUAUAUGUAUUGGAGAAAUAUCAGUAUAGAGUACUUUUAAAUGAUUUAUGGGUUUAGUGCUUAAGGAAAUUAUAUAUUUUUAUAUAUUAUUUAACGUGGAUUUUUAUGUAAGCAGCUGUUUUGCUUUAACGUAAAACUUUUAUUGUAACUUUAUUAUUUAUAUUAAAUGACGUGGAAUAUUAAUUUAUUGUAAUAAAUGUGUUGUAACAA